AUGGCGUGCCCCAUCACCGUUUGCAAAUUUGCCGGCACCGUCUCUCUCGGCCUGCUGACUGGUCUCUCCUACUCGACCUCUCACAUAACCAUCCCCGCCCUUAAGCUCCUCCCCACCUCCACGGCCGCCUCACGCUGCUUCAACGAAGUCAAGCGCUUAAACCGCAAGUACGCGCUGCGCCUGUCGGGCAUCGUCAACAGCUGUUUCCUCUUCGCCUUCUACGCCUCUCCCCCAUGGCGCCAGCACCCGUACAUGAUGUGGGCCUGCACCAUCUCCAGCGCGGCCACCUGGGGUCUGGACUACUAUGUCAACCGCCACCGUGGACUAAAGACCUGGCUCGUCGAAGUCAUCCGCGACGGAUAUGGAGUGUCUCUGACCAAUACCACCAGCAGGAAGGAGGAGGAUCUCGUCGUGGUCGAUACCGAGUCCGAGGAGGAGGAUGUCAACGGCGAGUCCGUCCAGGCCGAGAUGGCUAACGAGAGCACCAUGCAAAUCUUCCGCCUGUCCCUGUCUUACGUGGCUCUGUCGAUUGCCAUCGUCGGUCUGUGGGGCGACAAGAAGCCAUCGCUUCGUUUUUAA